GUGGUGGAAAAUAUUCAACUCGUAUACGAAGUUAUCUUACGUUUGAUUUAUUGACUAGAGGAAAAAGUUAUGUAAGUUGCCCAUAUAAUGAAAAGUAUAAGACGCUUACUCCUAUUAUGCAUGGAGCUCUUGGUCAGCGCACUGUAAAAGAAAACUCUGAUUUACUGGAUGAUGAAUUUCGUAAACUUAUGCAAAACCUUUAUAAAGCUUCUUCAACCAAUGCAAAAGAUGGGUUUUAUCCUAAAUCCUGUUUUCAACUCGCAAGUUUAAACAUUUUAACCCUCUUAUGUUUAAACAAGCGCACAGAAAGUGUCGAUGAUCCAUUUUAUAUGGAAUUUGAAACUUUAAUAGGAGAACAUUUAAAACUCGCUAAAAUAACAAAUAGAUUAUCUGAAUUUGUUCCUAUAAUAAAAUUUAUUCCAAACCAUAGUUUACGUAAUAAAAUAAUAGAAAGUAGAACAAAGAUGGAAGCAUUUCUCGGAAAAUUGAUCAAAGAA